CGAUAAAGAGCGCGAUGUCAGUCUGUUAGCGAAACUCAUUGAAGAUGGCCACAUUGUCUAUAGAUCAAGGUAAAUUGAGAGGUGGCAAAUCUAAAACUGAUAAUGGAUUUGAGUAUUAUGAAUUUUUGGGAAUACCAUAUGCCAAGCCACCUGUUGGAAACUUAAGAUUUAAGAGUCCUCAACCUGCAGAGAAAUGGGACGGUGAAAAAGAUGCUACGGUCGCCAGCAAAGAAAACAUAGCUAUACAAAUGGAUAUUAUUGAGAGUCAUGGAAUUGUAGGAAGUGAAGACUGUCUCUACCUCAACGUUUAUACACCAAAGAUAACUGAAAAUGAAUCGGAAUUGCUACCAGUAAUGUUCUUCAUACAUGGAGGUGGUUUUGUAUAUGGAAAUGGUAUCCUGAAGAAAGACCAUGCUCCAGAUUUUCUCAUCGAACACAAUACAGUUAUAGUUAUAAUUAACUACAGAGUAUCAAUUUUAGGAUUUUUAUCUUUGGAGAUACCAGAAGUAGCAGGAAACAUGGGCUUAAAAGAUCAAGUCAAAGCUCUUGAAUGGGUGCAAAACAAUAUAGCACAUUUUGGUGGUGACAAAAAUAAUGUUACAAUAUUCGGCACGAGCGCCGGCGCUGCGUCCGUAGACUACCUUCUUGUUUCUCCAAAAGCGAAAGGACUUUUCCAUAAAGCCAUUCUUCAUUCAGGUUCUUGUCUAAAUCAUUGGGCAGUUAACUAUGAACCGAAGAAGCUAGCAUACAAAGUUGCCGAAAGUUUAGGUUACAAUGGAUCGUUAGAAGAUGUAAAUUCUUUAAAAGAAUUUCUGUUAAAAACCCCUGGAUCGGAUCUAAUGGCCACAGCGUUUAAUAUUUGCCAAAAAUAUACGGAUAGACAUCUUUUCUUUGGAUUCGUUCCAACAAUCGAAAAAGAUUUCGGUAAUGGGGAUGCUUUCCUAACCGACCAUCCGUAUCGCUUGCUGAAACAAGGACUUUUCAACCACGUACCAGUUAUUAAAGGAUUCUGUAACAAAGAGGGUUACUUAAUGAACGCGGUAAACCCUAAGGCAGUAUUAGAUGUCUUACAGAAUAAAAACUUUGUGGAACAUUGGCCAUUUGAACUUGAUGCAGAUGAUAAAGUCAAAUACAGCAAGAAAACGAAGAUGUUACUUGCUUACUCGAAGAACAUACAACCUGGAGAUGAUCAUGAUAAAAUAGCAGUAGACUUCUUUAGUGACUUAGACUUUGUAGCAGGCAUUUGGAUCAGUGGAAAAUUGAUGGCAGAAAAAGGAGUGCCCGUUCGCUUUUAUGAGUUUUCUUAUGAUGGUAAAAUAAACUAUUUAAAAUUGUUAUUUGGUAUCAAAAGGAAUGGAGCGGGUCACGCUGACGACCAUUCUUACAUCAUGUGCCAAGAUUCAACAAAAAAGGCACACGGCCAAGACCUCAUCAUACGCAAUACAAUUUGUCAUAUGUGGACUAAUUUUGCUAAAACGAGUUGCCCGACACCAACAGACAAUUCGGAUAAUUUAGUAGAUUGGCCUGUGUAUACAGGAAAUAAUCCCGUAUAUUUAAAUAUUGAUAAAAAAAUCGAAGUAUUAAAUAACUACGAACCACAAAGAAUGGCUAUUUUUGAAGAAAUUUACGACAAAUAUGGAAAAUAAAAUGGACGACAAACGAACGAAAAUUUAAAACCUACUGAAAAA